UCAAUUCAACGAAGCAAGCCUUUAAAAGACGUGAGACCAUUGGUGGCAAACGACAGUCGUGCAAGUAGUCGGACUCAGUGAAGUGCGUCCAAUGGAUCCGUCAUUGAACAUGAGGAUCUUAUUUCUAAUAACGAUUAGCUUUUUUUUUCUGUCGAUAGUAAUAUCGGAAGGUGAUCUACCAAGUGGAUAAUGUAUUUUUUAAUUUUUUUAGAACAAAUGUUCAACGUGUACCACGAGCUCUUGUUUUACACCCUGUUAUGAAAGUUGAUUCAACUGAAGAAGAAGAUGAUGAUGAUGGUAGUCCAUUUGAUUGGAUUGCAAAUGCAUUUCAUCGUAUGAUAAGACCAUCUAAAAAAGUACACAAUAAUAGAAAAUUUUUAGGUCCAAUUAGAGUACCUGGUUUGAAUGAUGAUGUAUUUAUAAAACAAUUACAAUCAAAUGCUAAAAGUCGUGUUGUUAUUAGAGUCAUGCCACAACCGAAUAUGAAUAUGCCAUAUGAUCAAUCACAAUAUUAUCAUAAUCAACAAUUUCAACCACAACCACCAUCACCAUCAUAUUAUUAUCAACAACCACAAACAUCACCAACACGACCUUUACAAACAUCAGGUGGAUUUAUGCCUGUUUCACAGCCAACAUUAUCAUCAUGGACACAACCACAACAGUACUAUCAACAAAAUUAUAAUAAAAAUUUACCAAACAAUUAUAACAAUAAUAAUUAUCAAUAUCAAAAUUAUCAACAGCCACGCUAUCAAUAUUCUAAUCCAUAUAAUCAGCCAUAUCAUCAGCCAUAUUCAAAUUCAUAUUCAAAUUCAUAUUCAAAUCAACAACAAAAUUCUUAUGGUACCUGGAAUAAUAUUCCCAAUAAAAGUAAUAAAACACCAUCAAAUAAUUAUUAUUCAGGCUCAUUGAGAUCUACAAAUUAUCCAAGUUAUCCACCAUACAAUGAUCAGUCACAUGAAAAUUAUGAUAAUCAUACAAUAAGUGAUGAUGAGUAUAAUCAAUUACAAAAUGAUGAAAUUGAAUUGCCAAAGGUUAAAUCAACAACAGCUAAAACAUCAUCAUCAGAAUAUAAUGAAGUAUUUAGAUCUGAUAGAAUGGUACCAACAAAUCCAACAUGGAAAAAUCGUUUUUGGGUUAAUAACAAGUCUGGAAAAUCAACAACGACAACGACAACUGAACGUUCACAUGAUGAUGAUGAUGAUGAUAACAGUAAUAAAAAUAAUGAUGAUAAUGAUAGUGAUGAUGUACAAAAAGGAAAAAAAAGAUCAUUAAAAGGUAGAAAUAAAUUUAGUUCAACUGGUAUUCAAGUAAUUUCAGCUCCUGAUUUAAAUAGUGAAAAAGAAAAUGAUCCAUUAUCAGAUUCUAGUUCACGAAUGGAUGAUGAUGAUGAUGAUGAUAAUGAUGGUGUAAUUAUAAAAAAUCAUUCUAGAUUAAAUAGAGGUGAGUCACUGGAUCAUACAAAUGAUAAUAAAAAAAAUAUUAAUGAUGAAAAUUUAAAUUGGAAAUCAAGUAAAUCAUCAUCAAGAAUUAACAAUGAUAAUAUUAAAUUAAAUAAUUCAACAGAAAAUAAUGUUAAAAGAAUUAUGAGUUUAUCAGAAAAUCAUUGGAAACAUUAUAAUUUAAAAAGACCAUUUAAAAAUUCAUCUGGUAAUAAAAAUAAUAAAAAUAAAAAAAUAAGAGUUGUUGAAAAUGUUGUUAGUUCAGUGUCAAUGACAAGUUCAAAGGGUACACUAAAAUUACCAAAAACAAAAAAUCAUUCUUAAUAUUAAUUAAUUAUUAUUGUUGUUGUUGUUGUUGUUAUUAGUAAAAUUGUUGUUAUUUUUUUAAUUAUAU